AUGGACCAACAAAACGAGAGAGUGAAGCAAUUCUGCAACCAUCCCUUAAGAUACGUAAGAAUGAAGCCGGACAACGACACAAGCCGGUCACGUAACUGCGAUGGAUGUGGUGAUGAUUCUGGCUACGGAUAUAACUGUGGACGUUGCAACAUCCAAGCUCAUGUGUCAUGCAUUGGUUGGCCAGACAUCAUCAACCACCCUUGUCACUCCAGACAUCCUCUCAAGAAAGUCUCUCCCGAGACAAUCGACUAUACUGAUGGUAAAUGCCAGUUUUGUCGAAGCCCACUUGUUGAUCUCAUGUUCCAUUGUUCUGUAUGUAACUUCAGUGUAGAUUUGAGAUGUUGGUUAAAACCUGCACCGCUUACUAUAUAUCAAGAGAAGAGCCAUAACCAUACGUUAACUCUCAUGGCUAGAAAAGAUUCAUUCACUUGUAACGCUUGUGGUCUUGUUGGUGACCGUAAUCCUUACGUUUGUCUUGAAUGUGAUUUCAUGCUACACAAAGGUUGUAUCAAUUUGGCUCGGGUGAUAAACAUUAACCGUCAUGACCACAAGAUUUCUCAUACUUAUCAACUCGGUCACGGGGAUUGGGAAUGCGGAGUUUGUCGCAAGAGAAUGGAUUGGACCUUUGGAGCUUUCUCUUGCUCACGUUGUCCUAGUUAUGCUGUUCAUUCAAAGUGCGCCACAAGAGAAGAUGUGUGGGACGGGAAAGAACUCGAAGAUGAUCUUGAAGAUGAGGAAGAAAAAGAUCCAUACGAGGAAAUAAAUGAGAAAGAGAUCAUUCAUUUUAGUCAUGAUUUACAUAUUUUAAGACUUGUUGAUGAUGGUAUUGCUGCUAGUUAUGAAAAGAAGCGGUGCGACGCUUGUGUAAUGCCAGUAAGUUCUGAUACAUUCUUCAAAUGUGUGGAAUGCGAGUUCUUCCUCCAUAAAGUAUGUGCCAGUCUUCCCCGGAAGAAACGAAAUAUCCUGCACAACCACAAACUUGAUCUCCAGUAUGGUGAUGAGUACUCUGGCAAGGAUUUCGAGUGUACAUAUUGUCAAAAACAUUUCGAUGGUUUCAGGUACAAGUGCCUUUCUAACUACGCAUGUAUGCAUUUGACAAUUAUGUUAGAUAUGCGGUGCAGCACCAUUUCUGAGCCUUUUCAGCAUGAACUGCAUCCGCAUCCCUUAUUUCGUACCUCGAAAGAGCAUAAGACAUGUGGAGCAUGUGGUGAAGAUUCAGAGUAUGUCUUGAGUUGUAUUGCUUGUGACUUCGCUUUAGGCAUGGAGUGUGCCACGUUACCAAGAAAAGUGAAACACAGAUGUGACGAUCAUGUUUUAUCAUUGCAUCAUGGUGCUGGAAGCUCCAAGGGUCAAUUGUGGUGUGAUAUCUGCGAGGGAAAGACAGAUCCAAGCGUAUGGUAUUAUAGUUGUGAUGAUUGUGGUGUCACUCUCCAUAUCGAUUGUGUACUUGGAGACAUGAAUUACUUCAUGCCAGGGAAAAGAUACAUGGGAGGUGAACUAGUAUCCAACGAUGGUAUGACUAGACCUUUCUGCAUAGUUUGUGAAAAGCGUUGCAUGUUCCCUUUCUUUCUUAGGGGUAUAUCUUAUUCAGAUAAAACUGUUGUGUUUGCUUGUUCAAGAAAGUGUGCAUACCGAGGCCACAACCGAUGGGAGGAGUGGUAUAGUAAAGUUAACACUUUGUAAUGAGUACAUCUGAAAGGUCCACAACUCUUAUUCCAGGAAAGGGGAAGCUAGAUGAUCUAUGUAUGCUUCAUAUCUUCGAGUAUCCUAUUUAGGGAUAC